AUGACAAUAACAGCUGCGCAAAAGACCGCUAUAGAAGAGGUCAUUGAAAUUAUAGUUGCAGCAACCCCAGCUCGCGGAAAGCGUCAAUUAUCUCAAUUGUUUAUGGAUCUGGUGGAUAGAUCAGAGUGGCCUGAGUAUUAUGAGGUUAUACCCGAGCCCCGAUGUAUCAACGCCAUUAAGUCAAGCGUUGAACGAAACAGAUACAAGGACGCGCUGAACGCAGUAUACCGAUCUGUCGCUCGUGUUUUGGAACGCGUUACCCUCAAGACUGUACUCGAAACUGAAUGGCAGAAGAGAAGCAUUCUUCCUGUGCCCCGACACUCGCCACCUCCCUCAUCUGCUCAAAAGGUCCACGGAACGGGUCCCGCUGCACCGCCGCAGCCCUUUGUUAUGCAGUCUUCCACUUCUACAACAACCAAACUGAGGACAACAGUUCCAACUUCCGCUGUACCUCCAACUUCCGAGUCACAGACCACCAAAUCCACUCCUCUAAAGGGACCAGUGGCUGCAGAAGAAAAGGUCGGGGAUAGUGAGGCGAUCGUCCGCCAGCAGCUUGAGAAAAGUCUCCCAAGAUGGCAAGGCUUUGGAGAACUAGGGAUGUCCGAGGACCGACUGGUCGAAAUUGCGCACAGUCCUCCUAAGACUCACACGCACGAGGACAAUCGUGACCGGACCAUGCUGACCGCGGCAGGAAAUUUGACUGUUCCCCCAAUUGACGACAAGCUUCCCCCCGAAACGAUAAAACAUUUUGAUCGCUCUCCGGACACAAACGAGUUGUUCUGGUUUGCCGCUCCUCCAAUGAAUACCGCUCGGACACCACCCCCACAGCAUAGUCUGGCGUACCUACAUUUCUUGGCGACGAAACGCAAGAAAGAACUGGACGUGGGCUCAGACGCCAUGGAUGUCGAUGGUGAUGCUGCUUCAAUAGGUCUUUCAAGUCGGCAGCACACAGUUGCGCCUCCAACAGUUAACGAAAUUAUGCAAGCAACCAUAAAUUCUGCAUCUACCGAGCACUUUUAG